GGGUCGUGCGGCGCCACCCUCACUACGCGCGGAGAUCAGGGACAAAGAUGCUGUUGAGCGGUUUGCUGCUGGUGCUUUUCGCCGCGGUGGUCAUUGCUGACCCAACUGUGCAUUUCAGAGAGGAUUUUUUAGAUGGAGAUGCUUGGGAAAGCCGCUGGGUGGAAUCCACGCAUAAAUCGGAUUAUGGAAAGUUUAAGCUGACAGCUGGCAAAUUCUACGGAGAUGCUGAGAAAGACAAAGGGGUACAGACCAGUCAGGAUGCCCGCUUCUAUGCCAUCUCCAGCAGUUUUGAGCCUUUUAGUAAUGAGGGCAAAACCCUUGUAAUUCAGUUCACAGUGAAGCACGAACAGAAGAUUGACUGUGGUGGUGGGUAUGUCAAGAUCUUCCCAGCUGACCUGAACCAAAAGGAAAUGCAUGGGGAUUCUCAGUACUAUAUAAUGUUUGGUCCUGACAUCUGUGGGUACAGCACUAAGAAGGUACAUGUCAUUUUCAACUACAAGGGCAAGAAUGAGCUCAUCAAGAAGGAAAUAAAGUGCAAGGAUGAUGAACUUACUCAUCUUUACACACUUAUCUUGAGACCAGACCAGACCUAUGAGGUGAAGAUUGACAAUGAGAAAGUAGAGUCUGGUAGCCUGGAGGAAGACUGGGAUUUUUUGCCUCCCAAGAAGAUAAAGGACCCAAGUGCAAAAAAGCCAGAGGACUGGGAUGACAAGGCAAAGAUUGAUGACCCUGCAGAUACUAAGCCAGAGGACUGGGAUAAACCUGAAAAUGUCCCAGACCCAGAAGCCAAAAAACCUGAAGACUGGGAUGAGGAUAUGGAUGGGGAGUGGGAACCACCAAUGAUUCCAAACCCAGAAUAUAAGGGUGAAUGGAAGCCAAAACAGAUUGACAAUCCCGAUUACAAAGGACCAUGGAUUCACCCUGAAAUUGACAACCCAGAAUAUACACCCGAUACAACAAUUUACAAAUUUGACAAUGUUGGUGUGAUAGGACUGGACCUGUGGCAGGUCAAGUCUGGCACAAUUUUUGACAAUUUCCUGAUCACUGAUGAUGAGAAAUUUGCAGAGGAGGUUGGAAAAGAAACUUGGGGAGUAACAAAGGGACCCGAGAAAAAGAUGAGAGAGAAGCAGGAGGAAGAGGAGCGUAAGCAGAGGGAAGAAGAGGAGAAAAAGAAAAAAGAUGAAGAAAAGGAGGAGGAGGAGGAUGAUGACGAUGAUGACACUGGUGAUGAUGACGAUGAGGUGGAAGAGACAACAGAAACUGACAUUCCAGAAAAAGAUGAACUUUGAGCUGUCCUUUGUGGGACAGUGAGCACCAGCUGCUGUACUCCUGCGAUUUUUCCGCAGGGCAUCUGGGCCCUUGUGCCACCUCUGUUUCUCUGAGCCUGUGCUUCAGUUUUUUUUUUUUUUUAAGGUGGAGAGCAAACAGACCUUUUCUUUGUUUUUUAAAUUAUAUUUGAGGGAGGGAGAGGGAAUUGGGCAAGUUGAAUGUAAGGUUCCCUUUUUAAAAAUUCCAUUGAAUUAUUGGUGGAGCCCAUUUGUGGCAGUCCUUCAGGAGAGGAGGAAGGUAGGUCUAGAGUUAAGCAUCCCACGUGCAAUGGGGGCUCCCCCAAAUCUGUCCCUUUUGAACUGGAAGGAGCAAAUCCAGAAGGACAAUCUUUAGUAGAGUCAACAGUUGUAUUUCUGGUUUGGUUUUUUUGCAUAAAAAUUGUAGGAAUUGUACAGAAUGCCAUCUGCCCCAUUUAAAGCUGUUUUAUAAUGGCAAUUAAAAGAUGCUUGACUAAA